UAUAGGGUGGUUUCUCGCCAUCGUGGUGGGAUAUCAACCGCUAUUCUCAGCCCUCAAAACAGAGCUAGCUGGUGCAUAGGCUUAUAAAACGAUUGUCAAGAGCGACAGGAUGACACAGACAUGUGUUUUGCUACAGAAGCUUAAAUAGAACCCGAAACUCCCUCUAGUUUGGGUCGUGGUAUGUGAUAACACUACAGCGAUAGAGAGAAAGCAUCAUGAAGGUGACAAUCCUGCUCAUCUGCUCCUGCCUGGUCUGGGGAGGCCUGGGGAAGCCACAGUUUCCUGACCAAGAGAAAGAUCCCCUGUUCUGGAAUACAUGGGCCCAGCGUACUUUGAAGAAUGCCCUCACACUUCAGAAGCUCAAUCAAAACACUGCAAAGAACCUCAUCCUCUUCCUUGGUGAUGGAAUGGGCAUUCCCACAGUGACGGCAGCACGAAUACUGAAGGGGCAGCUGAGCAGACAGAGUGGGGAAGAGACCCAGCUGGAGAUGGACAAGUUCCCCUUUGUUGCGCUUUCCAAGACAUAUAACACCAAUGCCCAGGUGGCAGACAGUGCGGGUACAGCCACAGCAUACCUCUGUGGGGUGAAGGCCAACGAGGGAACGGUGGGUGUGAGUGCAGCUGCCGUCCGCUCCCAGUGCAACUCCACACAGGGCAACGAGGUCACCUCCAUCCUCAGAUGGGCCAAGGAAGCCGGCAAGUCAGUGGGAAUAGUCACGACAACGCGUGUGAAUCAUGCCACCCCCAGUGCAGCCUAUGCCCACUGUGUGGACAGGGACUGGUACUCCGAUGGAGAGAUGCCCGCUGAGGCAGUACAGGCAGGCUGCAAGGACAUCGCCAGGCAGCUCUUUGAGAACAUUCCCAACAUCGAUGUGAUUAUGGGAGGAGGGAGGAAGUACAUGUUCCCCAAAAACCAGUCAGAUGUGGAGUAUCCUGGAGAGAAGAAACACUUCGGUACCCGCAUCGAUAGAAGGAACUUGGUGGAGGAGUGGAAUAACCGAAUGAAAAACAAGAACGCCCACUAUGUAUGGAACAAGAAGGAACUUUUAUCGCUAAACCCUAAUAGUGUGGAUUACCUUUUGGGUCUGUUUGAGCCUGGAGAUCUUCCCUAUGACCUGGAGAGAAACAAUGAGACAGAUCCUUCACUGACAGAGAUGGUGGAGGUGGCCAUCAAGAUCCUGAAGAAAAACCCCAGUGGAUUCUACCUGCUGGUGGAGGGAGGGCGCAUUGACCACGGACAUCACGAGGGUAAAGCCAAGCAGGCCCUGCACGAGGCAGUGGAGAUGGACCGGGCCAUUGGCCACGCCGGCCUCAUGACCAGCAUAUAUGACACAAUGACUGUCGUCACUGCUGACCAUUCUCACAUGUUCAACUUCGGAGGCUACACUCCAAGAGGGAACACAAUUUUUGGACUGGCUCCCAUGUUGAGUGAUGUGGACCAGAAGCCCUUCACCGCCAUCUUAUAUGGGAACGGACCAGGGUUCAAAGUAGUCAAUGGUCUGAGAGAGAACGUCUCCACCCUUGACUAUGAGGAAAAUAACUACAAGGCCCAGUCUGCAGUGCCGCUGAGUAUGGAGACUCAUGGAGGAGAGGAUGUGGCUGUGUUUGCUAAGGGCCCCAUGGCUCACCUGCUGCACGGUGUCCACGAACAGAACUACAUUCCCCAUGUCAUGGCUUAUGCUGCCUGCAUUGGCCAGAACAGAGACCACUGCAUGUCAUCCAGUGGAGCCUCUAGUCUCAGCGCUGCUCUGCCCAGCCUGACAGCUCUCCUCACACUCAUCCGCCUCCUCUGCUGACCUUUCACCCCAACCCCCCUCCUGCACUACCCCACCCCUCCUCUCUGUAUAUAUGUAUUACUCCCACACCUUUUUUAUAGUGUGGAUAUAAUGCAGAUUAGAUUCUUUCUCUAUUGUUGAUUUUUUUUUUAUUAUUCUGUACAGUUGAAUGACUUUGGGACCAAUGUAAGGGCAUUUCAAGUGGAACCGACAGCGUGUUAACUACUUUGCAGAUAUGGAACCGACAGACAAUCAUAAUAUCAGUCAACAAUAUCAAAAUCCCAGGUAAUGCUACAAAACCAACUUUAUAAGAGGUUUUAAAAAUAGGUUAUAUUUGACUCAACAUUCCAUGAUGUACAUUGAGGCAUUGUUGGCAGAAUAGAUGGAUGCAGUUCAAUGCAUGAUUAACAUAAUUCACCAAUACAUUUGGUGUAAAUACAUUAUCAUUCUGCAUGAACUGUUUCAUUAUCAAUGACUCAAUAUUUUGGACAAAAACUGACGAAUGUAACUAAGGCUGGGAUUGUCAAUACAAUCAAACUAGCAAGGGAAAUGAUCACAAGUCAGACAUAAUGUGGCUAAUAUGCUAGCGUAUCUAUUUAUGUAGCUAGCUAAAAACACAGAGCCUAGCGUUAGCUAGCUAGCUGCUAGGAGGACGUCAUGAGUGAGUGAGGACGUUGGUGAGGAUGUUCACCGACUUUUUCCCCUCAUAUAAUUUUUUGGUGGCUACACAGCUAGAAAUGCAUGUGUCAUUUGGUUAGCUAGCAAUAAAUGUGAAUCGCUUUGAUUGGUA